UGCACAAUUAGGGUGAUAAAACUAAAAUCUACAAGUGGUUUCGACUUUAAGUGGUUUAAGUGUGAGACUAAUACAAUGGUAAUGGCUGCCACGCGUAAAGGUUAUGUCACUACAAUAAAUUAAUGUCGGACUCAGAAUAUCAAGAUGCAGAUUUGAUGGAAGAGGAAAAUUCGGAGGAAAGGUCGAAUAUUAUACAAGAAGUGAAAACCGGAAAAAUAAGCUCCAUCUAUAAAUGCAAAAAACCAGAACUGAUCCAAAUUUUACGAGAAGAGAGGUUAGAAUCUAAUGAACCUCAUACCGUGGACCAGUUACGAAAACAAUUGAGUGAUCACUUCAAGAAUAAAGGAAAACAUCAACAAAAAGCGUGUACCUCAACAAUGACCGCGCUAGGCGAGUUGAAACCAUUUGAUGGAGAAAAGUGGGAAGUGUUUGAACAACAGUUUGAAUGUUUUAUCUUAGUUAAUGAUAUAACUGAAGACAAAAAAGUGCCUUUAUUAAUCACUAAAUUAACGGCCAAAGUUUUCGAAACACUGACUUACUUAUGUUCACCUAAACAACCAAAGACUUUUACAUAUCAAGAUUUAAUAAAAAAACUACAAGACAAAUAUGUCAAAACGCUAUCAACAACAUUGGAACGAGCGGAAUUUAGAAAAAGAAACCAGCUACCAAAUGAGAAAAUCCAAGAUUAUGCCCUAGAGUUGAGAAAACUCGCAGGAAAAUGUAAUUUCAAAGACAUCGAUGACCAAAUUAAAGAAAAAUUCAUGGAAGGAGUGUCAUCUAAAUUGAUUAAGUUCGAGUUAAUGAAGAGUCCCGCUGAAAUAACUUUGGAAAAAUGCAUUGAAUUAGCAAGAACAGUGGAGGCAGCUUUACUUCACACUAAGAACUCCGGAGAAGUUACCGAAAUUUUUUACAACCGAGGGAAAUCAAAGCCAACUUACAAAACCAAAAGAACGGAUAACAACAACAAACCGGGAGCACAAUGUUACUGUUGUGGAAAGAAUAAUCACCUCAAAGCGGAGUGCACUCUAAAAAAAAAAUAUUGUUCAGAAUGUGGAGUUCAAGGACAUGUAUACAGGAUGUGCCCUAAAAAGACAAGACAAGUUAAUGUGUUAGAAUCAAAUACAUCAGCAGGAAACGAGGACAACGAGGAUGUAGAAAAUUCAGUGCAAGACUUGUUUGAAGGAUAUACAACAUAUACCGUUAAUAGUAUGCAGAACAAUUAAUCAGAGACCAGUUUGCAGAAAUAUUCAAGCCGGGAUGGGGGAAUUUCAAAGGUGAAGUGAUCAAUUUAAAAUUGAAGUCCAAUGCUCAACCCAGGUGUCUGCCAGUCAGGCGAGUACCCUAUGCACUGCGUGAAAAGGUAAAUAACGAAAUCACUAGAUUAUUAAAUAAUGGUAGGAUUACUGCAGUAGAACAUAGUGAAUGGGGUACUCCAGUAGUGCCUAUAAUAAAACCAGAUGGCUCGGUCAGGCUAUGUGGCGACUAUAAGCUAACAGUAAAUCCUUGUAUGGAAAUUGAUCACUUCCCAUUACCUCAUAUUGAUGAUAUCUUAAAUUCUCUAAAAAAUGGCGAAUAUUACUGUGAACUGGAUUUAAAAGAGGCAUAUUUACAGGCCCCACUUGGGGAGGAAAGUAAAGAUUGUACAACCAUUGUAACCGAAUCUGGAACAUACAAAUAUAAUUACUUGCCUUAUGGGGUAAGUUCCGGCCCUGGGGCUUUCCAACGUUUAAUGACUAAAAAAUUAGCCGAAGUUCCCAACACCAUAGUAUUUAUUGAUAAUAUUUAUAUAAAGGGUGAUUCAUUACAAAAUACUUUUGAAACAUUGUGUCAAGUCUUAAAAAAAUUGCAGGAAUGUGAAUUCAAAUUAAAACCACAAAAGUGCAAAUUCUUCACAACCAACCUACAGGUGUUUGGGUACCUUGUAAACAAAAAUGGUAUCAGCGUGAUUCAGUCCAAUAUUGAACCAUUAUUAAAUGCAAAAGCACCGACUAACCUGACCAUGCUGAAAUCAUUCUUGGGUAAAAUAAAUUAUUACUCUCGAUUUUUACAACAUAUGGCCACAACACUAGCACCUUUAUAUGACUGUACUAAAAAAAACAAAUUUAUCUGGACACCAGAGUGUGAUAAAGCUUUUAAAAAAAUUAAAAGUAAAUUAGCUUCGGCUAAUAACCUUAGACACUAUGAUCCUAAACUGCCACUGAUCUUGACUUGUGAUGCUUCAGAUACCGGGCUUGCAGUAGUGCUGUCAAAUAGAGAUUCACAGGGUGUUGUAAAACCUAUUGCAUUCGCCAAUAAAAAAUUAAAUGAUGUUGAAAGGAAGUAUUGUACCAUUGAUAAGGAAGCAAUGGCAGUGAUUUUUGGAAUUACCAAAUUUUAUAAUUAUGUCUACGGCCGGUUCUUUGAAUUAGAAACAGAUAAUGCAGCACUGACGCGAAUUUUUGGCCCAACUAAAAGUAUUCCAAAAAUGGCUGCCAAACGAUUGCAACAUUAUGCAAUAUUUUUAUCAGCGUUUAAUUACAAAAUAAGGCAUAUUAAAACCAGUAUAAACCCUGCUGAUUUUCUCUCAAGGUCGGUGACUGAACUGAACAAUAAAAAUAAUGAUAUAAAUAUUCUUCCUGUAUUUGUAAAUGCCAGUUGCAGUGUACUGAGUUAUACUAAUGACUCCAAAAUGAGAACUUUAGAUUGGAAAACAAUACAAACAGAAUCAAAAAAGGACGCGGUAUUGUCCAAAUUAAUAAGGUAUUUAACAGAUGGUUGGCCAGAAAAAAAGGAGUUAGACAAAGAAGUUUUACCAUUAUAUAACAGAAGGAACGAAUUAACGAUGGACAGGGGUUGCUUAUUUUGGGGAUAUCGAAUAUUAAUACCCUACACUAUACGCGAAUCGGUUUUACUUGAAUUGCAUAAAAGUCAUUUUGGAAUCAUUAGAAUGAAAGAGAUAGCACGUUCAUAUUUUUGGUGGCCUAAUCUUGACUCCGAAAUAGAAAAUAUUACA